AGGGACAACCUCAAAAUGACACCACUGCACUACUCGACACUCAGGGACAAUGUUGAGGCUGCCAAACUGUUGCUGCACUAUGGGGCAGAUGUGAAUGCUGUGGAGAGGCUCGGACAGACACCUUUGCACUUGGCCUCUGAGAGGGGUCACUGCAAGGUCCUCAAGGUUCUGCUAGACAAAGGGGCUGAUCCCGCUAUAAGGAGCAGCUGGAGAGAAACAGCGGAGGACGUUGCAAGGGCACACGAUCAGCUAGGUGUAGUCCAGCUCCUUCUGCAACACCAGGCGGUCAGGAUGAGAGAUCAAGCUCAGGACAGUGUGGAGAAAGAGAAGAAAUAACAGUGAAUUAAGGCCUGUUCACACUGAG